UUAUAAUCUCUCCAGCAUCGCCCUUGCCUUGCAUUUUGCAGUUCUCAUUUCGUACUCACUAAAUUUCUCUUUCUAGUACAUAUUUAAUACCGUUGUAGUUUCAUCUACAUCGCCUCACUCCAUCCACUCGUUAACCUUCUCUUCAUCUCUGCGAUCGGCCACUUUCUAUAGUUACUCUAAUCUCCAGCACGACUAAUUCUCCGAUAGGCGGAAACUCACUAGGCGGACAAUGGAGGACGUGGAAAGCCAACGGCGCUUCUCGGAGAAAUCCGCUUAUUCGGGCACAUCCAACGACCAACCCACUUUAACAGAGGAUAUAACUGUCCCGGCUACCGCUACACCAACACGUCCACUAUUUCCUGAAACCGACCUUAGUCAAGGCAUCGUGGGAUGGGAUGGGCAAGAUGAUCCUCAUAACCCACAGAAUUUCGCCAGUGAGCGCAAAUGGGGCCUGCUCGCUCUGAUCAGCUCUAUCACCUUUAUUUCGCCGCUCGCGUCGAGUAUGUUCUCUCCGGCGGUGGAGUACGUGGGCAAGGACUUUGGGGUGUCCAACGAAUACCUGCUAUCCUUCAGUGUUACUAUCUUCUUGCUGGGGUAUACGGUCGGACCCCUCUUCCUCGCCCCUCUCAGUGAGAUUUACGGUCGUCGCAUUGUGCUCAGCUGCGCCAACUGGUUCUUUGUGGUAUGGCAGAUCGGCUGCGCCCUCGCGCCCAACAUCUCCGCGCUGAUUGUCUUCCGCCUUCUUGCCGGCAUGGGCGGUGUCGGCAGUCUCACGCUCGGCGCCGGUGUCAUCGCAGACCUCUUUCCCACCGCACAACGUGGCAUGGCCACCUCCAUCUGGGCCCUCGGCCCCCUGAUCGGCCCCGUUGUCGGGCCCAUCGCCGGCGGCUUCAUCGGCGAAACCAUCGGCUGGCGCUGGGUGUUCUGGAUCCUUCUCAUCACCGGCGGGUGCAUCUCCGCGGGCAUCGAGGUUCUCAACCGGGAGACCUACGCCCCAGUCCUGAUCCGGUGGAAGACCGAAAAUCUCGCCAAAGAACUCAACCGGAGCGACCUGCGCAGCGCGUACGACAAAUCCAGUAGCCAGGGCGGGCCCCGUCUCAGUGAGGCCCUGAAGCUCGGGCUCAGCCGCCCCUUCCUCCUCCUCUUCAAGUCCCCCAUCGUUCUGUUGCUGUCCGUCUACAUGGCCUUCGUCUACGGGCUCCUCUACCUCUUCUUCACGACCAUCUCCUCCGUCUUCCAGGAGGACUACGGCUGGUCGACGGGCAUCUCGGGACUAGCCUACUUGGGAAUCGGCAUCGGCUUCAUGACGGGCCUAGCCCUGAUCGCGUUCUCGAGCGACCGCAUCGUGGCCAAGCUGACCGCGCGCAACGGAGGCAAGUUUGAGCCCGAGAUGCGGCUGGUAACCAUGAUCUUCUUCAGCUGCAUCCUGCCCAUCAGCUUCUUCUGGUACGGCUGGUCCGCCAAGUACAGAGUGCAUUGGAUCGUACCCAUCAUCGGCAUGGCCCCCUUUGGCAUCGGCAUGAUGGGCAUCUAUAUGCCCAUCCAGACCUACGUCAUCGACUGCUACCCGGCAUACGCGGCGUCGGCCAACGCCGCCCUCACGGCCACGCGGUCGCUCGUCGGCGCGCUGCUGCCCCUCGCGGGCCCGGCCAUGUUCGAUGCCCUCGGGCUGGGCUGGGGCAAUUCGUUGCUCGGAUUUAUUGCGUUGGCGUUCGUGCCUGUGCCGAUCCUGUUUAAUCGGUAUGGCAAGUCCAUUCGCGAGAAGUUCCCCGUGGAUUUGGAAGGGAAGAAGGGGAAGUAAGCUCGAGGAGGCUGUGUCUGGUGCGGGUGUUCGCUUGGUGUUCUGGUGUCGUAGAAGCAUUAUAGAGCUAAUUAGAUACGUCUCUCCUUCAAUCUGGUAAGGCUUGCAGGCAGCAGUGGGACUUGGGUGUGGUGGUCCUCCGCCACACGCUCUGGUGUCUUUGCCUGCAAGCUUCCCUGUCUGCUAGUCAAAAAGGUCCCAGUGACUCAAAUCAAAAGCAUUCGUUAUUCUUUG